AAUUAUUAUUUUAUAAACAGUCUGAAACGGACGUGUUGCUGCAUGCUCGUGCGUGUCUCUUGGUAUUGCAUUAGAGUUGUUUCAAAAAUUUUCGCGUAAAUAAACGCAUGCGGUUGUGAAUGAAAUUUAUGGAGCAAGCAAACUGAAAAUGAAAAGUGUAAGCGCGUGUAAGAAAUUCAACAUAAAAUAUCAACAAAUGCGCCACAGUGCGUUGCGUGGUGUUUGAGCAAAAGUUUUUCAACUCUCUAAAAAAAAAUUACACACUCUUAAACUCAACUAUCUAACUAUAUGCUAUAUAUAUAACGCUAACUAUAUAUACACAGCCAGUGCGUGUAAUACAAGCCUGCUAACUAAACGCGUUUGUAGUACCUUAACCCACAAAAUGCUGCCAAUUUUCGCCUAAGCCAGUCGCAGUUCAACUAUCCCCAAAUAGCAACAAUAACAACAACAACAACAAAUAAACUGUGAUCAUAGACUAAUAGCAACAACAAAAGGAAGAAGCAGAACAACGAGCAGCAGCAUAAAAGACAUGAAGCUUGACACUUGCCAGCAACACGAGCCAAAGCAACCACAGCCAGCAACCACAAACGAGCAGCAAUUGUUCAAUUUAUAGAUCUGCAGUUGGGAUUGAUUAAUAGCGUAAGCAAUUGGCAGCAGCUACAGCAACAGCAAACACUAGCAGCAGCAACAUUGUGGAACAGACAACGACAGUUGGUGGUGUUGUUGUUGUUCUAAACUGGCGGCUGUAAUGCACAACAAUUGAACGCGAUGUAGCGCAGACUUAUGGUCGGCGAACGCGACAGGGACCGUGAGGCGGUACGCUGGGCAACGGGUGAAUCAACACCGCUUCAAAACAAUAAUGGAGUGUUACAAAUGGUCGGGCAAUUGCAUGGUGGACAGGCUGCUAGCCAACAACAGCAACAACAACAACAACACAAGCAACAACAGCAACAACAACAGCAACCAAAGCAAGAGCUGUUCUAUCAGCAACACAGCAACGAGACAACUGCGCGUGGAUUGCAAUUUGCGUGCACAGCCGACGGCAGCGAUAAUCAGCCCUAUUACGAUCCAAGCGGUAAUGUCGAUUGGGAUAGAGCAGCGAUGGGAGCCGGUGGAGCUAGUUCAUAUGGUUGCGUCGGUGGAACUAUCACAGCAACUGGCAGCAUUGCUUAUAACGCUAACACAGCUGCUGCCGGCGGCGCUCUUAACCACAACCAUCGCCACCUGGACUAUGCUGAUGGCGGCCACGCUGCUGGCCCAUCCGCCGCCGCGGCAGCAGCAGCAGCUGUGCAACAUGCUCUGGGAGCUAGUGCAACGUCAAGUGGCAUGCAGCAGCAGCAGCAAAUCGCAAAUGCUGGCGCCGGCACAGGUGCCAUUGGCAAAGAAGUUCGUUACGCUCCAUUCCCAGUUACAUCACCAACGCAUUCAAAUCCCACAACUUCCCAGCAGAUUCUUGCGCAGCAGCAGCAGCAACAGCAGCUGCAACAACAAAUUGCACUUAGUGGUGUGGGUGGUGGUGGUGGGGGAGCCGGCAGCGGCAUUGGUGGUGGCAGCAUUGGCGGCCCCACUGGCAGCAGCAGCAUCGGCACCGGCGGCGGCGGUGGCGGUAUUGGCAUUGGCAUUGGUGGCGUUGUUAUGCUGCCGCCCGGCGCCGGCUCACAAGCUGGGCUUAGCCAUAGCAAUACAACGGGCGCUCUACAGCGGACACAUUCCAGAUCCAUGUCCUCCAUACCGCCGCCGGAGCCGUUUAUGAUAGCGCAAUCGAAACAAAUCAACAGCCGCGUCUCCAUCAAUGUGGGCGGCGUUAAGCACGAAGUGCUCUGGCGCACGCUCGAGCGCCUGCCACACACCCGCCUGGGCAGGCUGCGUGAGUGCACCACACACGAGUCGAUCAUUGAGCUGUGCGACGAUUAUUCGCUGGUCGAUAACGAAUACUUUUUCGAUCGUCAUCCAAAGAGUUUCAGCUCCAUAUUAAAUUUCUAUCGCACCGGGAAACUGCACAUUGUGGAUGAGAUGUGCGUGCUUGCGUUUAGUGAUGAUCUGGAGUAUUGGGGCGUCGACGAACUGUAUUUAGAGUCAUGCUGUCAGCACAAGUAUCAUCAGCGCAAGGAGAAUGUGCACGAGGAGAUGCGCAAGGAGGCCGAAUCGUUGCGUCAGCGGGAUGAGGAAGAGUUUGGCGAAGGUAAAUGCGCCGAAUACCAAAAGUAUCUGUGGGAGCUGCUGGAGAAGCCGACAACAAGCUUUGCCGCGCGGGUUAUCGCAGUGAUAUCCAUACUAUUCAUAGUCCUGUCUACCAUAGCCCUGACGUUGAACACCCUACCACAACUACAACACCUUGACAAUGGUACACCACAGGAUAAUCCGCAAUUGGCAAUGGUUGAGGCCGUGUGUAUUACGUGGUUUACCCUAGAGUAUAUACUUAGAUUUAGCGCCUCGCCGGACAAGUGGAAGUUCUUUAAGGGCGGCCUUAACAUAAUCGAUCUAUUGGCAAUACUCCCAUACUUUGUUUCGUUAUUUUUAUUGGAAACGAAUAAGAAUGCAACGGACCAGUUCCAGGAUGUGCGCCGGGUGGUGCAAGUAUUUCGCAUUAUGCGCAUCCUGCGAAUCCUUAAGCUGGCCCGUCACUCAACGGGCCUGCAGUCGUUAGGCUUUACGCUGCGUAACUCAUAUAAGGAACUCGGUCUACUAAUGCUGUUCCUGGCCAUGGGCGUUCUCAUAUUUUCUUCGCUGGCAUAUUUUGCCGAAAAGGAUGAAAAGGAUACAAAAUUCGUUUCAAUACCGGAAACAUUUUGGUGGGCGGGUAUUACAAUGACAACUGUUGGCUACGGGGACAUCUAUCCCACAACUGCACUGGGAAAGGUUAUUGGUACUGUGUGUUGCAUAUGCGGUGUUCUGGUAAUCGCUUUGCCUAUUCCCAUCAUCGUUAACAAUUUUGCUGAAUUUUAUAAGAAUCAGAUGCGACGCGAGAAGGCCCUCAAGCGACGCGAGGCGCUCGAUCGUGCCAAACGCGAGGGUAGCAUUGUCUCCUUCCAUCAUAUCAAUCUCAAAGAUGCUUUCGCCAAAUCCAUGGAUCUCAUCGAUGUCAUCGUUGACACAGGCAAACAAACAAAUGUUGUGCAUCCGAAAGGUAAAAGACAAAGCACCCCCAAUAUAGGCAGGCAAACUCUUGAUGUGCAAACUGCGCCAGGCCACAAUCUCAGCCAAACGGAUGGGGAUGGCAACAGCACCGAAGGUGAAUCGACCAGCGGCCGCAAUCCGGCAACGACAGGCACGGGCUGCUACAAGAACUACGAGCAUGUCGCCAAUUUACGCAACUCCAACAUGCAGCACCGUCGCGGCUCUAGCUCUGAACAGGAUGCUGUGCCUCCCUAUAGCUUUGACAAUCCCAAUGCCAGGCAAACCUCCAUGAUGGCCAUGGAAAGCUAUAGACGCGAACAGCAGGCAUUGCAGUUAGCACAUCAGCAACAUCAACAGCAGCAGCAGCAGCAACUACAACUACAACUACAACAGAAGCCACAACAACUAGUGGCCGCUGCGGCUCCUGCUGCUGCUGGUGGCGGCGGCGCCACAGGUGUGGCAAACAAUCUGGCGCUUGUGGCAGCCUCAAGUGCUGCCACCGCGGUGGCAACUUCAAGCAGCGCAGCAGGCGCAACAGAAGCACCAGCUGAGGAUGCCAUGACUUUGGCCUCAAACCAAAAGGGAUUGCCCAUUCAGAUGAUGAUAACACCUGGGAUUUUACGGGGACGCAGUAAGGAGGAAGUGGCUGAAUUGCGACGCCAGGUAGCGCUUGAGAAUCUGCAAAACCAGCGCAUGGACAAUCUGGAGCAGGAUGUGCCCGUGGAGUUUGAAUGCUGCUUCUGCACAACAAAGGACUUCAAGGAGUACACGGAUGCCGAGGGCGUGAUAUCGCUGCCAACCUCCGAUUUCCAUAAGCCCAUAUGCCUGGAAAUGCGCGCAGCCAAUCGUCAAGCGCUGCUGCCGGCAGCAGCAACAGUUGCAGCUGCAACACCAGCAGCAGCAGCCAUAGGCGCGCCACCAGCUUAUACCAAUGCCAGCUUGGUGCCCAUCAUUUCACAGUGCUCCUCCACUUCAUCCUCAUAUGGCACAACAACUUCCACGACCAUUGCGCUGCCGCUAGAUGGCGCCGCACGCUUUGCUGCGCCCAUUGCCAGCAACUUUAAUCACAAUUUCAACAACAAUUUCAAUACAACAACAGUUGGCGCUGCGGCCAAUGGGCUGCUGCUCUUUGGCAAUGGCAGCUACAUGACCACAGCCAAUGGCAAUGGCAGCAACAACAACAACAACAAUGCGGAUUUGGCCAGCGUCGAUAGCUCCGAUACCUACGCCAGCUGCCAGACGCAUCCGUUUUUGUCACAGGGCGAUCUAACAGCGGAUUUCAAUGAUGAGGCCUGCGCACUGGACAUCGAUAUGGAUAAUCUGUAUAUAAAUCCGCUGGAAAAGGAGAAUGGGCGUAAUAUAAGCAGCUCCACAGGGUUUAUAGUGGGUUUGCCAGCCACCAUAGGCGCCACGGGUUUGUCCAUGCGCGCGCAGGUUAAGAAAAGCACCUCGGGCGACACAGCGCUGCGUAAUCUUGCUGCGGGCGGGCUCAGUCCGCUCGAUGAUGUCUAUCAAAACUUUGAUGUGCAGGAGCGCGGCAGUCGCGUCAGUCUCAAUGAGAACUCAGUGCCAAAGCAUCGCAAGACGCGUUUCCAGCAAAGUUUCACAGCCAUGCGGCCGACCAGCGCUAAGCCGCGUGCGCGCUUCGAGGACACCAAGCUCUGCGAUGAUAAUCUGCAGCUCGAUGGCGCCGCUGCCAGCAGCAGCAGCAAUCAGAAGAAAAAGCGCUCGGCGUUUAUGCCGGGCAAGAGCUUAGCCACUGCCACCAAGCUGAUCAAUCAGCGUUUGUUUGGCAUACAGAAUGCGGGUGCCAAAGCUAAAUUCGAAAGCAAGCAUUCCUCAUCGAUAGACUCGAUUGAUGCAUCGCCCAAUCUGGAGCAUCACAGGCGCUCCAAAUCGAUACUGAAAAACAAGUCUGACGUCUCACGCGUGCUGUCCGAUCCCGAAAGCGAGCGUCUAUUGGCGGACAACAUGUCCGGCUCCGGAGUCUCCGACAAUGGCACCGUUAUGGGCGAAUCUGGCAGCGAUUACUCACCGAAUAAAUUACCUCAUUCAGUUUUAGCCAAGUCUGUAUCCCCACCACCCCUUAGGCAUCGCACGCUAAUGCAUCAACGCUCCGGACCAGCCACGCUGCAAUCGAAGCCCACGAAAUUCCAAACGCCACGUUAUCCCGAGGAGCAGGCACUGCGCCAAGUCAAGCCGCUGCUUGCACGCAGCUCCGCUGCAGCGGCGCAGUCGCUGUCCACAGAUGGCCGCCAAACCCGAGACAGCAGUCUGGACUCCGAGACAACGUUCAUCUCAACGGCCAGACCCUGCCCCGAAGCGUCGGCGGCAAUGGCAACGCUUGCAACGCAGGAGCCGGAACUGGAAGCUGAAGGCGAUGGCGAGGGCGAAGGCGAGGCCAAUGAUGAGCAGCGUGCGCUGCUGCAGCCGCGUGGAGCAGAUGGCGGCGAAGCAGGCAGCAGCGGAGCAGCUGAGAGGCCCAAUGCAGGCGCUGGCGGUGCCACGUAGCAAUUAGAUUAAAGACAAACACCAAGAGCGCUUAGUAGUUAUAUACUCUAUAUACAAAAAUCUAAAUCUAAAUCCUAAAAAUCUGUGCAACCAAAAAAAUACUCAAAGUGAUAGCAAAGUUAGCGAACAAAAAAUGGAAUGUGAAUUAUAUAAAAGCAAUGAACAGUAUCCUAGUUUAAAUUGACAAGCUGCAACUGAGCAAAGCGUUGAAGUUGCAUAUUUUUACAACGUACUGUAAAGCACUUAAAUUCUACUAAAUACAAAAGCUAUGCAAAGCCUGCGAAAGUUAAGCAACAAAUUCAUAAAAAAUAUAU